CUUUAUAAUUUUCCAACGCUCUACAUCCUCUCUAAUCCUACGCACUCCUCAACUAACCUUACACACCAGACAACAUAAAAAGACUAAAUUUUAGACAUCGGUACUCGCUAUCGUGCGCAUUUCUCCGGCAACGGGAAAAUCGUACUUAACUUUGUGUUUUUUUUAAGACCAGGAAUCGUAGGAAAUGGGUGGUGCCGGCGGGAACGGGAACGGCGGAGGGGGAGGGCCGCAACAGUCGGGUACGGCGGAGGCACAGUACUCAACGGCGAGGAUUUCGGUGUGGUGGGAUAUAGAAAACUGUCAAGUACCUAGAGGAUCUGAUCCUCACGCGAUUGCUCAGAAUAUAAGUUCUGCUCUUGUGAAUAUGAACUAUUGUGGACCCGUUUCAAUUUCUGCUUACGGCGAUACUACUAAGAUCUCUCCUUCUGUUCAGCAGGCGCUUAAUAGUACUGGAAUCGCCCUUAAUCAUGUUCCUGCAGGUGUCAAAGAUGCAAGUGAUAAGAAAAUUCUUGUGGACAUGUUAUUUUGGGCAGUUGACAAUCCUGCACCUGCUAAUUAUUUGUUGAUUUCGGGAGAUCGUGACUUUUCAAACGCACUUCAUCAAUUACGCAUGCGCAGAUAUAAUAUUCUUCUAGCACAACCUCAAAAAGCAUCUGUGCCACUUGUUGCUGCUGCGAAGACUGUAUGGCUCUGGACAAGCCUUUCAGCUGGAGGACCGCCUUUGACAAAUAGUGAAUCAAGUCAACUUGUAAAUAGCAGUUACAGUUCUUUAGCCACUUCAGAUGCAUUAUCUACGUCAUCUAGUGAUUCCAGUCUGAUAAGCCAGGCUGUUGAUACUUUCCAUCAAAGCCCGCAAAUGAAGUUUAACAAUGGGGGAAGGGGUACCGAUAAUAAACAAAAGGGCAGACCAGUCCGUAAAAGUGUGAAUCAACCCAAUAUAUCACGAACUUCAUCUGCAAUGUCCGGCACACAAGAAAAUCGUAGUGCUGCAAACUUUCAUCAACCAGGAUAUGGGUAUCCUAAGCAGUUCAAUGAUUCAGUGGAGUUGCCUGGAGCUCAUAAUUCAAGAACUCCAUUCAGUGGGCCCGUAUCUGCCUCGAGCGGUGGUCCUGGUAAUCUCGAGCCUUCCUGGACAAAUGGAAACAACUCACAGAGCAGUUAUCAAAAUAAUUAUCCUCCAGUAAGGCCAAACAACCUCCCAGCAUCGCCGGUAAUUCCACCUGGUAAUUUCUUACCACCUAAUUCGCAUGUGCAUCAUUCUCAGCCAAUGCCUCCUAGGUCUGAUGCACAAGGCUUCUCCUCAGGCCUUCAAAUACCUAUGCCUGAUGUGGGUAAGCUAAAAAUCAGUGAAAACUCCAACAAUGGUCAUAAUCGUCCUUUUUCUCAAUCGUGGAAUGGAGAAUCGAGACAACCUCCUCAGAGUGAGAAUUCUUAUACUAACAUAAAUGGGCCUCAGAAAGGAAACAAUUUGCAGAAGAAAACACCAUUUUACCUUGAAAAAGAGGUUAACAGGUAUCCACAUCCCAGCCCUGAGAUUCCACCACCACUAUCAUCUGUAACAAAUAGCAGUAAUGGACCGCUCAACGGUGUGUGGGGAGCUCCAGGAUGCCCAAAACCUUCUGAGUAUGUUCAAGGUCUUAUUGGAGUCAUUUUACUUGCAUUGAACACCCUAAAAAAUGAGAAGAUUAUGCCUACUGAAGCAAACAUUGCAGAUUGCAUCAAAUAUGGAGAUCCAAAACACCGCAAUGCUGAUGUUAAGAAGGCUCUUGCAAGCGCAGUUGAACAACAGCUGGUAGUAACAAAGAAUUUAGGUGCUUCGCAAUUAUUAUAUGUUGGUAAAAAUGAGAACGUAUGGAAGUGUGUGAACCCUAUUAGUGGUAAUCCGAAACAUUAUCCCAAAGAAGCAUGGGAUGACCUCCAGAAAUUUCUAUCAUCUUCUGCUGGAAGAGCCGCCAUAAGUGCUACUCGGUGCAGGUUUGAAGCAGCUACAGUUAUUAAGAAAAUGUGCUUAAAGGAGGUUGCUUUAGGCGAAAUACUUCAGAUCUUGCAUAUGGUUAUUAACACGAAGAAAUGGCUUGUACAACAUCAAUCCGGGUGGCAACCAAUUAAGAUUACUCUAGCAGAGAUCGUCCCCGACUCGGGGGUCGUAGCUGCGACAUAAGAUCUGCAACAUUUGGUUAUGGACGGGAGAGAUGGCUUAUGGGUUCUUCUUAUCAGUUCCUUCAUGCACUUAUCAACUGAACUGGUAACAGAUCAAUCUAGCCCAUUUCUCCUCUUAAAGUGUCGCAUAGAUUAAGUAGCUGUAUUUAUGUUAAUUAGAUUGUUCUGAAGUAGAUAUAGUUAUAGUUUGGCUGUUCCUUCUUUUUCCUGGGAAAUCAGAAAGCACUGUGGUGGGAGCUAUGUUGGAUGUUUUAAUAAAGCCUUCUGAGGCGUUGGGCUUUGGCUGGAAUUCUAGAAUAUCUUAAGCAAGAGAUUGCUAUCACGUGGUUGGUGCUUCGUAUUUUGGGCUAUUGCUUUAUUGCCCGGUUAUUGGUUAUUGAUUAAGCGGAUCAAUAUAUGUGGAAAGUUGCUAACAGUGAUUGAGGGACUUUCCAGUAAAACUGUUAUUCAGGAACUUUUUGAGUAACAUAUGUGAGAGUAUCCUAGUUCUAAAUCAAAGUUGCUAACAGUGAUUCAGGCGCUAUCCAGCUGAACAGUGAUUCAGGAACUCUUUGAGUAACAUUAGUGAGGAUGUCCUAGUUGCUCUUGUAUCUAACAUAGAGGUUUUGAAGCUAUGAAUCUCAGAGCAGGUAGUAGGUAUACAAUUCAGUGAGAAGGAUAAGCUUGUCUGCUUUAUAUUGAGGGAAAAAGUACUGGAGUCGAUGACUCUAAAACUGUCGGAGACGAGUUAUUACAGAGCAGGUAUCCGGUAUACAAUUAAUUGAGAUGGAUAUGCUUGGUUUAUAUCGAGGGCGAGAAUACUGGAGUUAAAGACUCUGAAGCUGUUGGAGCCGAGUUAUUAUUAGACUAGUCUUUAAAGUUGUAUCUUGCAGUAUGAAGAUAUUCAGAUCUUUGCUUUCUGGUCAGAGAAUUUAAGGUCCUCUACCCUUGUGUUUCAACAAACAGGACUAUGCGAACAAAACUUAUGUGGCAGAUUAUGGUAUUAUGCAACUGUUAAAUGAGAGUUUGUGGGAAGACCUAAAAUUCCUUCAACCGUAUCACACUUUUCACUUGCAAUUAUGGAAGAAGUUAGAGACAAACGACUGCGUCCUUCGUCACUUCAACACAGUUGUCAUUGAAGGUUUGUUAAUCUAGUUAUGGAUUAUUGUAUUUAUCAUCAAGCUGACAGCAUACAAAAAGAGUUGUAUGCUUCAUCUCACUGCAUGCUUAAGGUUUCAUUCCCCCCUUGCUGUUUUAAAUUAUUGUAGAUAUAUGUUGUAGUGGCCGGAACUGGAAGGAGAUCAUUUUCAGCAGUAACUUUUAAAAUAAAGCUUUACUUCGUUCUACAUUUAUUUGUUGCAGCGACUUUAGUUCUGUCUCUUUAGUUACUUGGUAAUACAAAAAAUCAUUCCCUUGA